AAUAAACCAGUACAGUUGUGAUUUGUUUGUAUUUGUCCGUAUUUCUUUAUUUCAUAAUCUUUUCUAAAUAAUUUUUGUUACCCUUCAGUGCUGUUUGCUUCUUGCCUUUUGGAAGCUAUGAUUUAGGUUUUGAUCUUUUCGACCAGUAACAUUUGAACAUUCAAAGUGUAUAUCCUGUAGGGAAAUAAAAUAUUUGAUUUCCUGGUGAAAUACAAGACCUAGUUUUCUCUGGCAGGUUCAGAAUGUACCAAAUCAAACUCUUAGGUAUUAUUAAGAGGUGCAGUUUUUGUGAGCUGGCAUUGUUGCUAAGUGGGUAAAGCCACCACCUACAGUGCCAGCAUCCUCUUGAGUGCCAGUUAGAGUCCUGGCUGCUCUACUUCUGCCCCAGCAUCCUGAUAGUGUGCCUGGGAAAGCAGUAGAAGAUGGCCUAAGUGCCUGGGACCCAUGUGGGAGACCUGGCAUAAGCUCUGGGCUCCUAGCUUUAGAUCUUCUCAGCUUCAGCUUUUGUGGCUAUUUGGCGAGUGAACCAGCAGUUGGAAAAUCUGUUUCUCUGUAGCUACCUUUCACAUAAAUAAAUAAAUAAAUCUCUUUUUUUUUAAAGUAAGAUGCAAUGCUUUUAGAAUUUGAAGUCUACAUUAAGUGAAGAAAUAAAGUCCUCAUAGUACAUACUUACAAGCUACAGUAAAAUCCUUUGAUAAAUAAAGCCAGGUUGGGAAAGACACUGGAAUAAAUUCCAUUAGAUGCAUGUGAAGUGGGUCUAUGUUGCUAAUUUUUUAGACUAUACUAUACUAUUAUAUUUAGUGGUAGCCUUUAAAAGAAAUUACUUAUCCUGUUGACGUGGUGUUGUAUUUUUAGAAACUUGUAUUGAGAUAGUUUAUCUUAAACAUUUGUAAUUAUAAAGCUUAAUUAUAAUUGUAUUUAUGUUAGCAGUAAAUGUUAUGAAAACAGGUAUCCUCUACUUUUACUUUUAAAAAUCAGUGCAGUACUUUGGAACCAUUGAAAACAUUUUAAAAUUAUUUAAUGUUUGCAAAAAUAUUCUGAAGAUGACUUCCCUGAGAAUCAAAAUGAUAAGAAUUCUAUCAAUUUUAUCUAAUAAAAUUCCAUUUUAUUGUAUGGGCAAUUGAAAAUUUAUGUUUUACUUAAUCUGUACUGCCAUCUGAAUUGCUAAAUAUAGUAUACAUGUUGUACAAAUUUAAGGCUGGAAUAUUUAACUUUUAUUUGAGACUUCAUCACCUGAUUCCUCCAAUGAGAAUUCCCCAGCGGUGCCCUCAGAUGAACAGGGUCAGGGUGAUGCCCCACCGCAACAUGAAGAUGAGAAACCUGCAUUUCCACAUACUGACCUGGCAAAGUUGGAUGACAUGAUCAACAGGCCUCGAUGGGUGGUUCCUGUUUUACCAAAAGGAGAAUUAGAAGUGCUUUUGGAAGCUGCCAUUGAUCUUAGUAAAAAAGGCCUUGAUAUUAAAAGUGAAGCAUGUCAACGUUUUUUUCGAGAUGAGUUAACCGUAUCUUUCACUAAAAUCCUUACGGAUGAGGCCGUGAGUGAAUGGAAGUUUGAAAUUCAUAGGUGUAUUAUUAACAGUACUCAUCGCCUUGUGGAGCUUUGUGUGGCCAAGUUGUCCCAAGACUCUUUUCCACUUCUGGAACUUCUAGCUAUGGCCUUAAAUCCUCAUUGCAAAUUCCAUAUCUACAAUGCGACACGUCCUUGUGAAUCAGUUUCCACAAGUGCUCAGUUGCCUGAAGAUGAACUAUUUGCUUGUUCUUCAGAUCUUCGAUCACCAAAAGGUUGGCUGGUGGAUCUCAUCAAUAAAUUUGGCACAUUAAAUGGUUUCCAGAUUUUACUUGAUCGCUUUAUUAAUGGAUCGGCAUUAAACGUCCAAGUAAUUGCUGCAUUUAUUAAACCAUUUGGACAAUGCUAUGAAUUUCUCAGUCAACAUACAGUGAAAAAAUACUUUAUUCCAGUUAUUGAUGUAAUCCCACAAUUACUAGAAAAUUUAACUGAUGAGGAACUGAAAAAAGAAGCAAAGAAUGAAGUUAAAAAUGAUGCUCUUUCAAUGAUUAUUAAGUCUCUGAAGAAUUUAGCUUCAAGAAUUCCAGAACAAGAAGAAACUAGAAAAAAUCUAGAAAUUUUUAGGUUGAAAAUGAUACUUAGAUUGCUUCAGAUCUCUUCUUUUAAUGGAAAAAUGAAUGCACUGAAUGAAAUCAAUAAGGUAAUAUCUAGUGUGUCAUACUAUGCUCAUCAUGGUAAUCCUGAGGAAGAGGAAUGGCUGACAGCUGAACGAAUGGCUGAAUGGAUACAGCAAAACAGUAUCUUGUCUGUAGUCUUGCGAGAUAGUCUUCAUCAACCACAGUAUGUAGAAAAGCUAGAGAAGAUUCUUCGUUUUGUGAUUAAAGAAAAAGUUCUUACGUUACAGGAUCUUAAUAAUAUCUGGGCAGCACAGGCGGGGAAACAUGAAGCCAUUGUGAAGAAUGUGCAUGAUUUACUAGCAAAGUUGGCUUGGGAUUUUUCUCCUGAACAACUUGAUCAUCUUUUUGAUUGCUUCAAGGCAAGUUGGACUAAUGCAAAUAACAAACAGCGUGAAAAACUACUUGAGCUGAUACGUCGUCUUGCAGAAGAUGAUAAAGAUGGUGUGAUGGCACAUAAAGUAUUGAACCUUCUUUGGAAUCUGGCCCACAGUGAUGAUGUACCUGUAGACAUAAUGGACCUAGCACUCAGUGCCCACAUAAAAAUACUAGAUUAUAGCUGUUCUCAGGAUCGAGAUACACAAAAGAUCCAGUGGAUAGAUCGCUUUAUAGAAGAACUUUGCACAAAUGACAAGUGGGUAAUUCCUGCACUGAAACAAAUAAGAGAAAUUUGUAGUUUGUUUGGGGAAGCACCACAAAAUCUCAGUCAAACUCAGCAAAGCCCCCACAUACUCUACCGUCAUGAUUUAAUCAACCAGCUUCAGCGUGAUCAUGCCUUAGUUACUUUGGUAGCGGAAAACCUUGCAGCGUAUAUGAACAGCAUCAGAUUAUAUGCUAGAGGUCAUAUGCAAAAUGUGGAAACUGAACAAUAUGCCCCCAAAUGAACAGUUGGUCAUAGAAGAAAUCAAAGAGAAAUCCAAAAAUUUCUGGAAAAAAUAAAGAUGACAACCUAUAAUAUCAAUACUUAUUCAAUACAGCACAAGCAGUGUUAAGAGGAUGUUAUUACAGAUGUGCAUAUGUCAAGAAAUUUCACAGGUGCCAACUAAAUGAGUUAUCCAUGCAUCUCAAGAACCUAGAACAGCAAUAACAAAGCAAACCUCAAAAAAGAUGGAGGAGAAAAACAAUUAAAAUUUGAAAUUUGAGAAGAAAUAAAACAAAAAAAUGAUACAUAAGAUCAAUGACUGAAGAACCAGUGUUUAGAAAAACAAAAUUGAUAUCACCAGGAAUUACCUCAAAGAGCUAUAAAGUUCCUAGACUGGAUUGUUUUACUGCUGAAUUCUAGGAGACUUUUAAAGAAGAACUAUUUUUAUUAUUCUUAAGCCAUUCAAAAGCAAUUGAAAGGAAUCUUCACAAACUUCUUCUAUGUAGUCAGCAUUACAUUAAUUCCUAAGCCUUGAAAAGAUACAAGAGAACUAUAGAACAGUUUCCCUGAUAAACAUAGAUACAAAAAUCAUAAAAAUUAUUAGCUAAUCAAAUCCAAUAAUACAUCAAUAUUAUCAUUCACCUGUACCACAUGUGAUUUAUUCCU